UCUUUACUUCUCCGCGAAACACUGAGGAGAGAGGGUCGACUCAGGUGUUUCUAGUGAACAGCUAUUGUUAUUAUUAUUAUUAUACUUAAUAAACUAAUGAAAACCGGGUUGUAAGCGACACACGAUGAGCCGCGACCAAACCACGUGAUCAAAUGCGGAAAUUGUCCGAUCGGGAAAGUGUAGCGGAGUAAAGAGGGGAGUGGAGGUUUUUGGCGUCCGUCUGUGUUUUGAGCUGCUGCUGGUGGUGCUGCUGGUGUUAGACGGAGUCCCCGCCGCAGCAAACAACGCUUCAGCAGAGAGACAAACGACGAGCUCGGUUAUCUGCUCAGCUGUAGAUGAACAGUGAGUUUCACCUGCCGUGAAUAAAAGUAAGGGUUGUUCUGAGGUCAGACUGCUGAGAUGACAACGCUGUGACAGUGUGUGUCCAACUGUGUCGGAACUGGACCGCUUCCUGUGACAUGGCUGCUGCUAAGAAGAGUUGUGCGAAGGCGGGAGGCGUGCGCUUCUCAGAGGAGCCCCCCGCCACCGGAGCCCCGUCACAUGUUCACUUCGACGAAAAGCUGCAUGACUCCGUCGUCAUGGUAACUCCGGAGGAUGACGGCAACUUCAUGGUCAAGGUUGGCUUCCUGAAGACGCAGCACCGGUAUGAAAUAGUGUUCACCCUGCCCGAGGUCCCCGCUCUCGGGAAGGACGCGUGUCCAGCACCAGUACCCAGUCCACACCUCCGGAUCACUGAUCUCACACCGGCAGCAGAGGGAGGUCUGAAGGUAACGUGUGAGUACAUGGCGCAGCAGGAGGGCGUUCUGUGUGAGGAGGUGCUGCUGCUCAGCGAGACCAACGAGGACGUCUGCGUUAAGGUCAAAGUUCACGCCAGAGUCAUGGACCGUCACCACGGGACGCCCAUGCUGCUGGAGGGAGUGCGCUGCAUUGGGGUGGAGCUGGAGUACGACUCUGAACAGAGCGACUGGCAGGGAUUCGACUAAAGCUUAUCCAGCUGAAGUACACACACACAUAAACACACCUGCUAUCAUAGAGAGUGUACACAAACACACACAAACACCAAAUCAAACACACACCAAAUAGGAAGACGUGUCCACACACACAACUGAUUUAGUGCCACGUAAUGUACAUAGUGUUCAGUGUUGGAUUUGAACAUUUGCAUUAAAAACAUUCCUCUGCUGCAACAUUUCACCACAUCAACAGCAUCUGAACAAGGUUUUUUUUUUCAGCUUCUUCCCACUUUUCUUUUUGCACCCAUGAUGAUGUUUAUCUGUGCUUUCCUGAUUGAACCUCUAGAGGGCAGCAGCGCUCUUUGAAUCACUGCAGCCUCCGAUCACUUUUCACCCUUUUUACUCUUGUGCAAACUGAUCCCACAUGGAUUUACAGGUGAGGGAGUAAACAAGGGCUCUUUUAUUAAUUAAGUAGCUUAAAAUGAAUCUAUAGGAAGGAAUAUAAACCCGGAAAAUUCAGAAAGAAAAAAUACCUUAUCAAUGCUGAGCCUGUAAUAUCUCUGUUUGACCACAAGGGGACACUGCAGACCACUGUAAGAGCAGCUCCUCCAAACUGAAGGCUUUUUUGAAAGGCAGUUUUUUGGACAAACUGCUGCAUUAUGAUCUCUAUUUGAAAGAAGAAACCAACUUGGUCACUCUUACCAAUUUAAAUAUCCUCUAUAUGUGAGGUUUAUGUUGUGAAAAUACAGCUUUUGCUCUUAAUUUAGCAGGAAAUCCCAAAAACAAGUGUGAACUUAUUUAUAUUGGUGUCUUUGAGUAAAGCAUUUGCAGCAGCAAUAAAAGGAAUGAUUCUGUCUUUGGAAAAAACUGAAUAAUUCGUCAAAUAAUGGUGUUCUUUUUCUGGGAUGGUUCUACAGUGUAUGAUUGUUAAACAUUUGUAUACAAUUCUGCAUUUAGAAAGAAGUAUUUUGUGUUUUAUUGGGAAGGAACUGACACCAAAAAUCUACUGCAAGCUUAAUAAGAGCCCACAAUUUACAUCUUUAAAACACUUCUGUUUUGUGGUUGAGCUGCAAAUAUUUGUAAUAAAUAUAAAAGAUUUAAUCACAAAUGCAGCGUACUGCUCAAAGCUGUUGGCUGUUUUUAAGGAUGUUAAAUAGAGCUGAAAUUAAGUUAAUUCAUGGAUUUAUGAACCAACAAAGACUUAAUCUGCAGCAGGGAUGAAUGUCGAGGAUUGAUAUUCAUUUGGUACCAGUUCCUGACUGGUCAAUACUGAUAUAUUGUAUUUAUGAUAUAUAAUAUUUAACAUUAGUUCAGUAUAAUAUAGCUGACAUUUUCACAUUCUAACCAUGCCCUAAUGAUGAAAAAACUUUGGAUGGAGCUCAAUUUACUGUUGAAUCUGUUAAUGUCUUUAUUUUUUGCUCUAAAUUGUCUCAAUAAGUGAAAGAAAAGUAGCGAUAAGCUAAUGAGUCAAUGUCGAAUCAGUGUCAAAAUUGGUAUUAAUAACAUCCUUAAUGAUACCUUUCUCUAAUCUGCAUUAAUUCUGAUAAUUGAUGAAUGAUUUAAGAUAUUUUUUCCCAUGCCAAAAUGACAAACAUCUGGUUUCAGAUUUUCCUAGUUUCUUUUUUCAAAUUAUCUUUUAGUUUAAUAUCUUUGUCAAACAAAACAAGACAUUUAAAGACACAACUUUGGACAUUUUUUUCUCUCUUUCUCUGAGAUUCUGAACUUUUAAUCCACUGAUCAAAUAAAACAAUUAUUAAAUUAAUCAACAAUAAGAAAUAAUCAUUCGAGUUCUUGGAGGAUUUGUUUCUUUAUGUUUGACUUCAUGAAGCCUUCAGAACAUGCAAAGUGCCUUUCAUCGUCCUGUUUCUCAUUUUUGGACCAGUGUGGAGCUUCUUCCCAGUGUUAAAUCUCACUUCUUCCUCAUCUUCUUUGUCUCUCAUCACUCCGAAUGCAGAUCAGAAAGAGCUGACAGGCUCCAUCUCUGUCAGCUCUGCUUCUUUUUACAUUUGUGCCAUGAUCUGGCUGCAGUCGUCUCCCUUCUGUUAACAGAAUCCAUCACAUUUCAUCCGCAUCGACAUUUCUCUGUCAUCCCCUGUUGAAAACAUCAGCCUUAAAGGAAAUUAUUCUGUGUGUAAUUUCUCUGUGGGUGUAGUGCCGAUUAACCCUUUGGACCCCAACAAAAAUGUGUUUUCUUUAAAAGGUUGCCAACAGAACACUGUUUAUUGUAGAAAGAAACUGUUAAAGCAGGCAUUGUCGUCGAAAAUUGAACUUUCCGACAGUUUUUGAACGGAUCAUAGGUUAUGAAAGUUAUAGUUAGAAAAAGUUACCAAAAUGAA